AGAGAACAUGUUGGCCAAGGAGUCAUCACCAUUUCGGGUGGCGGUUUGGUCAAUUUCCGGCGAAUCUUUGCCACUAUAACUUUCAAGUGGAAGAGGCAUAAUAUUUAGUAUAUGUGUUAGAAUGAUGCUGUCUUAGCAUACAUCAAUCAUCAUAUUCCUCUUUUCUCACCCUCCAUAAAUAUUGUGAUCUUGGGCUACCAUUGAAACACACUUAGAACACUAGCUAGUCUACACUCCCAAGUUCAUCUUAAUAACAAGAAAAAGAAAAAAGAUGGUGAAGUUUUCGAAGCAAUUUGAAGGCCAGCUUGUUCCUGAAUGGAAAGAGGCUUUUGUUGAUUAUUGGCAACUCAAGAAAGAUCUCAAGAAGUUCCAUUUUCUUAAUAUUAACAGUAAUAACCCUACCAAGCAUCAGAACCAUCAUGCUUCUUUCCUUUCCUCUCUUAAGAAGUACUCUCCAUUUGCUCAUCAACAUAGAGAACAUGGAGCUAUUCAAGUUCACAAGAAACUUGCAUCAUCGGCAAGUAAAGGUGAUAUGUAUGAGACAGAACUUCUUGAGCAGUUUGAGGAUACCGAUGCUGUCAGAGAGUUCUUUGCAUGUUUGGACCUUCAGCUUAACAAAGUGAACCAAUUUUAUAAAACUAAAGAGAAAGAGUUCUUGGAAAGAGGGGAUUCUUUGAAGAAGCAAAUGGACAUUCUCAUUGAGCUCAAAUCUGCAUUCAAGCGACAGCGGGGCAAAGGUUCUUCUGCUCAGGAUUCCAAGGAGGAUACAACUAUAUCAUGCACCAUUUCUUGUGAGCAGGACUCUGUAAGGGACAGAACAGAAGAAGACCAAGUGGUGCAAGACACAAGCACAGAAGACUUGCAGAGAAUUGAAGAGAUGGAUUCUCCAGGAUCAGAAGCGAUUGGAAAAUCACUGAGAAUGAAAAGAGAGGAAAGCAAGCUGAGAUCACUCUCCGGUCGAGUAUUCAACUUCCAAGGGAAGAAUUUGAAGAUAAACAUUCCUUUAACAACACCCUCUCGCACAUUCUCUGCAAUUAGUUAUCUACUUUGGGAAGAUUUAGUUAACCAAUCCUCAAAGAAAUGUAACCCAGAAGAAAGCAGAUUGCAUAUCAACAAAACAAAGUUGCAUCAUGCAGAAAAGAUGAUUAAGGGUGCUAUGGUUGAGCUCUAUAAAGGUCUGGGUUAUCUCAAGACUUAUAGGAACUUGAACCUGCUAGCUUUCAUAAAGAUUCUGAAGAAGUUUGACAAAGUCACAGGAAAACAAGUUCUUCCAAUCUAUUUAAAAGUUGUUGAAAGCUCCUACUUCAACAGCUCAGACAAGGUAAUGAAUUUAUCAGAUGAAGUUGAGGAGCUAUUUGUUAAACAUUUUGCAGAAGAGGACAAAAGAAAAGGAAUGAAAUAUCUUAAACCUCGACAACAUAAAGAAUCACAUAGUGUAACCUUCUCCAUUGGAUUAUUCACUGGAUGCUUCGUUGCUCUUCUUGCUGGAUAUGUUAUAAUGGCUCAUAUUACUGGGAUGUAUAGGCAGCAGCCUGAUACAGUCUACAUGGAAACUGUCUAUCCAGUGCUUAGCAUGUUCAGCCUCAUGUUCCUACACUUCUUUCUGUAUGGUUGCAACAUUUACAUGUGGAGAAAGACUAGGAUUAAUUACAGCUUCAUUUUUGAAUUAGCCCCCAUAAAGGAGCUUAAGUGCAGAGAUGUGUUCUUGAUAUGUACCAUAUCGAUGACUGCUGUAGUAGGAGUCAUGUUUAUUCAUUUGUCACUUCUUACAAAAGGGUAUUCUUAUUCUGAAGUUCAAGCAAUUCCGGGUCUUCUUUUAUUGAUGUUCCUGUCACUGCUAUUGUGCCCCUUCAACAUAUGCUACCGGUCUAGUCGUUACCGUUUCCUCUGUGUGAUUAGGAACAUAAUUUUAUCACCUCUCUAUAAGGUUGUGAUGCUUGACUUCUUCAUGGCUGAUCAACUUUGUAGUCAAGUGCCAAUGCUUAGGAACCUGGAGUAUGUGGCAUGUUACUACAUAACUGGAAGCUUUAAAACCCAGGACUAUGGCUACUGCAUGAGGGCAAAGCAUUACCGUGAUCUUGCUUAUGCAGUGUCCUUCCUGCCCUACUACUGGAGAGCUAUGCAGUGUGCUAGGCGAUGGUUCGACGAAGGACAGACAAGUCACCUUGUCAAUCUAGGCAAGUAUGUAUCAGCAAUGUUAGCAGCAGGAGCCAAAGUAGCCUAUGAGAAAGAAAAGAGUGUUGGAUGGCUAUGUCUUGUUGUGGUUAUGUCAAGUGCUGCAACAAUUUACCAAUUGUAUUGGGACUUUGUAAAGGAUUGGGGUUUGCUUCAAAUCAAUUCCAAGAAUCCUUGGCUAAGAAAUGAAUUAGUGCUUCGUCGAAAGUUCAUUUACUACUUCUCCAUGGGUUUGAACCUUGUCCUGAGGCUUGCUUGGUUACAGACAGUUCUUCACUCAAGUUUUGAACAUGUUGAUUACAGAGUAACUGGGCUAUUUCUAGCUGCCCUUGAAGUGAUUAGAAGAGGGCAUUGGAAUUUCUACAGGUUGGAGAAUGAGCAUCUAAAUAAUGCUGGCAAAUUUAGAGCAGUUAAAACAGUACCACUUCCUUUUCAUGAAGUGGAAGAGGAAGACUGAUGCCCCAUUGGCAGCAGUUGAUUACAGAAUUUGAUUCGCAAACAAUGAUAUUUUUCAACCAAAAUUUCCCAUAGGAACCUUUAGAGUACUUGCACAAGUUGUUGUAACAAUACAUCAUCUUGAUCAUUAUUGUUGUAUCAUGGAUAAUGGGAAAGAAAUGGUUCAUACGUGUAUACAAAAUUUUCUUCAACGAAUAGAAGAUCAUUAGUUGA